GGAUCACGGAUAGCGCUCCGACAACAAACAAAAGAUCGAGCCUAGCCGAGCUUAUUAUACUUCAGCCGAUCCGCCUGCUCCAACAACUAUGUUACUUUGCUAACCAAACUGACUUUUUUCGUCUGGCUCUCUGCUGCUCUCAUCAGAUCCUGUCCAGUAGAAAUUGUCACCGUUGUGUGGAUGUUGAGGCUUUGUGGCAGCUAAUGUCAACCUAAGCCAUUUCAACGAUCGCUAAAAACGUUAGCCAGGUUAGCUUCUUAGCUAACCAACUCUGGCUGUCUCAAUUCGAACCAGCGAAGCCAGUUAGCUUAGCCUGCUAACUAGCUAGCUUUGCUAACACCCCCCUUUAAAAACUCGACACUGACCGACUCCAGCGGUCCUGGCUUGUUACUGACAAGCCAUUCAACUAAAAGCCGUGAAUCAGCCAUGUCUGGACAGUCGACGGGCUGUGGGUUUCUGAUGUCGGUCGUUGUCCACGGAGACUCGGCUCUGAACGAGCAGGAAAAAGAGCUAAACCAGCGACUUCGACGACUGUAUCCGGCCGUUAACGAAAACGAGACCCCGCUUCCCCGCUCCUGGAGCCCGAAGGACAAGUUCAGCUACAUCGGGCUCUCUCAGAACAACCUCCGCGUUCACUAUAAAGGUCAUGGCAAGACUCCCAAGGAUGCUGCAUCUGUACGAGCGACCCAUCCCAUCCCAGCCGCCUGCGGGGUCUACUACUUUGAGGUGAAGAUUAUCAGUAAAGGCCGAGAUGGGUACAUGGGCAUCGGCCUCUCAGCUCAGGGUGUAAACAUGAACAGACUCCCUGGUUGGGACAAGCACUCGUAUGGUUACCAUGGAGACGACGGCCACUCUUUCUGCUCGUCUGGCACCGGGCAACCCUACGGGCCCACGUUUACAACAGGCGACGUGAUUGGCUGCUGCGUUAACCUCAUCAACAACACCUGCUUUUACACAAAGAACGGUCACAGCCUAGGUAUUGCCUUCACAGACCUACCACCAAACCUGUACCCCACUGUGGGACUUCAGACACCAGGCGAGGUGGUGGAUGCAAACUUCGGCCAGCACCCGUUUGUUUUUGACAUUGAGGACUACAUGCGGGAGUGGAGGACAAAGAUCCAGGCCCAGAUUGACAGAUUCCCCAUCGGAGAACGAGAGGGCGAGUGGCAGUCUAUGAUCCAGAAAAUGGUAGCCUCUUACCUGGUGCACCACAGCUACUGCGCCACCGCCGAAGCCUUCGCUAAAUCCACUGACCAGGCCGUGCACGAGGAGCUAGCCUCCAUCAAAAACAGACAGAAGAUCCAGAAGUUGGUGUUGUCAGGUAGAAUGGGCGAAGCCAUUGAGACCACCCAGCAGCUCUACCCAAACCUCCUGGAAAGAAACCCAGACCUCCUCUUUAUGCUCAAGGUGAGACAGUUCAUAGAGAUGGUGAACGGGACAGACAGUGAGGUGAGGUGUCUUGGAGGACGCAGUCCUAAGUCUCAGGACAGUUACCCCGGCUCCCCGCGAUCUUUCAGCAGCCCCAGCCACAAAGCCAGCAGCUCCCAGCCCUACCUCACGGGGUUUGACAGCACCUGCUGUAAUGGUGUGACGUCUAAUAAGAGCCACAGCUCCUCCCCUCACAGUCACAAGCCCUGCCCCCCCAGCUCUGGCUCUGCCCUCCAGGGCUCCGACAUCAGCCUGAACGGGAGCCGCAGCCAGCAGCCCAUCAUCACCAGUAACGAUGUGGACAUGGAGGUGGACCACUUCCCCAACGGAGUCACCGAGUCCUCCUCCAAUGGUUUUCUGAACGGAACCUCUAAACACGCCGCAGAACCAGAUGACUGUGAUGCAGUGAUGGAGGUGGAAUCAGCUCAGUCCAAGAGGCAGCUGUGUGGAGGGAGCCAGGCGGCCAUCGAGAGAAUGAUCCACUUCGGCAGGGAGCUCCAGAGCAUGAGCGAACACCUCCGCCGGGAGUGUGGCAAGAACUCAGCCAAUAAGAAGAUGUUGAAGGAUGCGUUCAGCCUGCUGGCCUACUCUGACCCCUGGAGCAGCCCAGUUGGCUACCAGCUGGACGCCGUUCAGAGAGAGCCGGUCUGCUCCACUCUCAACAGUGCAAUAUUAGAGACUCACAACCUCCCCAAGCAGCCCCCCCUGGCCCAGGCUGUGGGUCAGGCCGCCCAGUGCCUCGCCAUCAUGGCACGAACUGGCAUCGGCUCCUGCGCCUUCGCCUCUGUGGACGAUUACCUGCACUAGCCCCGUGUUCACACGCACACACACACCCUUACACGCUCUUCCUGAAGGCUCAUCCAGAGAUGUCAUCGUCCUCAAUCCUUGAGCUGGGGAGAUCUUUCUCUGCUCCACCUGCAGACUGAACCAUCUCACUGCUUUGAUCUGCUGUUUGCAGUCAGCAUGAAUGCAGAGGAGGAUCGAUGUCAUUCCUGGAUAAAUCUUUAGAGAUCAAACCACAUACAUUUAAAACAAACAGACUCCGCCUCCAUCAUCGUAAAUAACGUACAUCCCCCCCCCGGCCUCUCCCAUCCCUCAGCCCGCAGAGGCUGCUGUAUCUGCAUCCCCCUGAUGGAGGGAGGGAGGGAGGGAGGGAGGGAGAGGGGACGGCUUUCAAAGUGAAAACUACCUGGAGAAGCUGCUACGCAUACAUGGGAGGGGAAAUGGAGGCAGAAACACAAAAUAACCUGGAUCUAGUAGACAUGGUUCAGCAGGUGAUCAUGCACUCAUACUGCGACCUACCCCCCCUUCCCCAAUGAGGACGGGUCUGAGGAGUGUCCAACCGCAGAGGGUCGCUGAGCGCUCAAACCACAGCUAGUCGCUGCACCACCUCCCCACUCCUCUCAGCCCUCCGGCCACCUCGGGACGCGGGCAGCGGUCGGACGCACGUGGACUUCG